AUGUCUCAAACCAAUUCGGAAAAGGCCGAUGCCAUCACGCCGGCCCCGGCCCGCAGUAGCGGGAGCAUCGAUGCUGGAAAGCUCGAAAACGCCGAUGAUGCAUUCGAGGUUUUCAAGCGUGGCGAAGGAACUGUUGACUUCCGGACAGUCGGCUGGAUUCAUGCCUCUGUCAUCUUCUUGAAGGUCAUUUUCGCGACCGGCGUCCUCACGAUCCCGUCGGCUAUGUUUGUCCUCGGCGCAUUGCCUGGUGCUAUCAACGUCUUGGGCUGGCAAUUUCUCAACACAUACUGCGCCAUCAUCCAAGGAAACUUUCGCAAUGCUCAUGCUGGGUGUCAUUCCAUCGCCGAUAUGGCUUACGUCGUUGGUGGAGUGUGGUUGAAAGAAGUUGUUGGAGUCUUGUUCCUCGUCACGUACGCGAUCGUUGGCGCGUCGGGAAUCUUUGGCACAUCGGUUGCUUUCAAUGCACUUUCCAGCCACGCUGUCUGCACCAACUACUUUAUGUUGGUUUCAACAAUCGCCGUCUUUAUUCUUGCUAGUGCUCGCAAGUUUGAGAAGAUCGCGUGGUUGACAUGGGCUGGCUUCUUGUCUGUAUACAUUGCCGUCUUCAUUGUUGUAGUUGCUGUCACGCAGAGGAAUAGACCCGCCGCUGCUCCGCAGACUGGUGACUUUGAUCUCGGAUAUCACGUCAUUGGCAACCCAAACUUUGUCACAGGCAUCACAUCUGUGGCUACCAUCUUCUGCUCCGGCGCUGGCACUUCUGCAUUCCUUCCCGUCAUCUCGGAGAUGAAGAGACCUAGAGACUACAACAAGGCUGUUUACCUCUGCAUGGGAGUCGUCACAGCAUCUUACUUGACGUUCUCACUUGUCGUCUACCGCUGGUGUGGCCAGUGGGUGGCUUCCCCUUCUCUGGGCAGCGCUGGCGAUGUUGUUAAGAAAGUUGCGUACGGCAUUGGCUUGAUUGGAUUAAUGGUCAGCGCGUGCUUAUACAUCCACGUUGCCGCCAAGUACCUUUUCGUCCGACUUCUGCGCGACUCAGUUCACCUGCAAAAGAAUUCAGUUGUCCACUGGUCCGUCUGGCUUGCAUGCACUUUUAGCAUGUCUGUCGUCUCGUUCCUGCUGGCAUCUGGUAUCCCCAUCUUCAACUACCUGCUUGCUCUGGCAGGAAGCUUGACGUUCGCGCCUUUGGCCCUUGGUCUCCCGGGCUACCUCUGGGUCUUUGACCACCAGCACUACCGACAGGGAACCUGGUGGCAGAUCAUGGUAUAUUGGCUUAACUGGCUUAUGAUUCUUUUGGCAGUCUUUCUCACCAUUGGCGGGACCUACGGUGUUAUCCAAAAUAUCAUCGACGCCUAUGCCAACGGACUGAUUGGAGGCGCGUUUUCCUGCGCGGACAACAGCGGCUCAUCAUGA